CGUCAAAUUGAAUAAAAACGUUUAGUCCAGCUAUUUAUUUCCUAAACCCUAAAAACGUUUUGUCGAGCUAUUUAUUUUCUGACAAUUUCCAUUCGCCUACUUUCGCCUUUCGAAGAACCGACUCGUUCAGGCUUUUAUCCACGAGAUAGUUUUACGCGUUGAACGAGAGGCUAAAGUUGAGAUUGGGCGAUGGCUGAUGCUACUAUGACUACUAGCCACAUGUGCUACAUGUGUCGGCAAAGAGUGAACCCAGUCUUGGAACCUGAGCUUAAGUGCCUUUUUUGCGAUUGUGGAUUUGUGAAAGAAAUAGCCGGAAGGGAGGCGACUGAAUCUGAAGAUGCAGGAUCGGGGAAUGAGAGUGAUACACAAGCAUCCAAGAAGAAAAGAGCGAAAAAGAUGUUGACAGUUACUGGCAAAGGUCAUCAUGUUUCUCCAUCAAAGUCGCACAUUCUAGAAGAUGUUUUGAAACAUCAAUAUGUUGGAAGUCGACGAAUUGAAGAAUUGAAGCUGCGAUAUAUGAAUGUUGAAAUUGAAUUAACUAAGAUCUUGGAUGACUGGAACAAUGAGUUUAUGAAGAUUAAAUAUAUUCAGGAAAAGUAUAAGAAGAUGUAUGAUGACAAAAUCAAUGAGAUGAAAUUAAUGGAGGAGCAACUAAUAGAAUGCAGAGCAGAAUUGGCUAUUAUGAAAGCUUCAGCUUCUUUACAUAAUCAACAAAUGAAUCGCCUUCAUAUUAAGUUGGUGGAUACACCAGCAUUUUUAGUUACAACUGUUCAUGCGGUGAUAUUGUCCUUCAUAAGACGCCUGACAUUGGCAAAGGCUAUUGCAGAUCACUGCUGCAUGAAGCAAUACUUCCAGCUUGCAGAACUUGGAAGCAAUAAGCAAGAAACGUCAGGCAAAGAGAAAGCAAUGGGUGAAAGAGAAGGUGAAAGAGAAAGCAAUGGGCGUCCACUAUGCGUGGAGAUUUUAUCAUGGCUUCCUAGUCUGAUCUACGGGUGA